UUGCCAAUGUUAGCAUUAUGCGCUCCAGCGAUCUUGAACGACAAGCGUUUGAGGAUGAAAAGGGUUCGGAGACUAUUACAGAUAAUGAAGAAAUGAAGACCAUUCCUUUCGAUUCAGAUCCUAGAAUUCCUCGCAAGAAUCAUACAGAUAUCUCAGCUCGAACAGCUCAGUUUUGUUUCCUCUGUGUCCAUGAGAAGAACUAUGGACAUUACGCAGUUCGAGUUCCUUGCUUUCGCCCCACUAGGUGGCGACGAGCUUUGUCCCGAUUAAUUUUCGAAGAUGCAGAUGCGCGGGACGAGAAGAUUACAUACGCGCAGCUCGAUCCUAUGGAGAACGCUUGUGAAAGCGAUGCUGCAAUAUAUGAAAGGCUCAAAAGAGCAUGCUUCCAACACCAGAAUAAGUGGAAGCAGUGGGUUCCAUUCUAUGGUAUCGUUGACGUACGCGAGGUCAGUUUACAAUUUCUCGGAGGCGCAGACAAAACCGGUCGAUUUCCAAUACAUGUAUAUCCGAUAAGCAUCAGCGAGAUUCGUAAAGAGGCAGACCAAGCAAUUGCAUUAGAACCCGACAAUUUGGAUAUUGAAAAUGCUUGUGGUGGGGGUUGGCACAGCAGAGAGUGCAUGAAUAUUAUGGACAUGUACUUACUGCCCUGCGUUAUGGACCAAGCCGAAGCAGGUCGGCAACGAAAGAAAAAGCUUGAUAUACUUUAUCUGCUCAAGGACUGUGCACGAGAUCCACCGAAGGCCAACGGGCUAAGGACUUUAGAAGGACUCGCACAGGAAAGCUGCAUUAUGGACACAAAGCAAGUAUAA